AAAUUAAUAUUCGAUUUCUCCUUCGAGAACCCAAAAUGAUGGCAUAGACGGCCGGUUUUAACGUACUACCCCCCCACGCAGUAAUUGAAUCCGGAUCCCCUCCUUAUGUCGACUGCCGCGAACACGUGUUUCCACAAUUAGUCUCAUUCGCAUUGUGUCUUACUCCAGGAAGGGAGUACUCUCUCCUCCGGUGUGCUCUCCUUUCGGCCAGGAAAGCGGCCAACGAGCGAAUUCCCUCUCGAUUUAACCAACUCCACCAUGGGAGGUCUUCGCUUAGCUUUCCUCUUCGGGUUUGCGAAUCUCGUCGUGGCGACUCCUGUCGAUAUUUUUCAUGGUUACGGUCGUAACGAUUAUUGGGAACGUCGGGCCGAAUUGAUAUCCGAUGAGCGAUCUCGCGAGUUGGGGAGCGACAUCGUUCUGCGAGACGACGAACUACAAGCUAAUCGAGCCUUCAUGAAGCUGAAGCUGAAGGAACUCGACGAUGCUUUCCUGGACCCGUCAAAGUUCCUUCCGGCUCACAACUUCAUAGCGAUAAAGUCGAAAAUCGAGACGUCGGAGGUCUUCAAGAUCCUGAAGGAUAUGCCGAAAGGAGCGAUGCUUCAUGCCCACGAUUUCGCUCUGGUCUCCUGGGACUAUUUAUUCGAAAACGUUACCUACCGCAAGGACCUCUUCAUGUGCGACGUGAACGGCAGGAAACAGUUCAAGUUCUUCUCUUAUCCUGACAAGGAGUGCGACUGGAGAUUAUUGAGUGCGCUCCGCAAGAACGCGACUUCACUGGCGAAUCUUAAUAGAGAGAUCAUGGAGGAGAUCACUAUGAAGACGGACGAUCCUGAUAAGACCUACUACGAAGUUGAUUCGGCUUGGGAAAAGUGCCAGCGCACUUUUGGAACGAUUAUCCCUAUGCUAUCUUACAGGCCAGUUUUUGAAGACUUCUUCUAUCAAGCACUAUUGGAGCACUAUGAAGAUAACAUUUUGUACAUCGAAUUCCGAGCUAUAUUGACGCCAUUGUACGAUUUGGAUGGAGAAGAAUACGGACCUCUGGACGUGGUGAAAAUUAUGAAGACGGUUACCGAAAGGUUCGUUAGGGAUCAUCCAGACUUUGUGGGGGCCAGAGUAAUUUACGCCCCAUCGAGAUUGGUUGACAAUGACCAACUCUUGGAGUACUUAACAAUUGCGAAGAAUCUGACGUCGACUUAUCCGUCCUUUGUUGCGGGAUUCGACCUAGUCGGGCAAGAAGACAAAGGGAAACCUCUUUCCUACUUUGCGAAUGAUCUCUCGAAGCUUUCUGACGGUAUCAAAUAUUUCUUCCAUGCCGGAGAAACGGAUUGGUAUGGGACGAGCACAGAUCAGAACGUCGUCGACGCUGUCCUGUUGAAUACCACAAGAAUUGGACACGGGUAUGCUUUAUUGAAACAUCCGAAAAUUCUUGAAAUAGCUAGGAAGAAAGAUAUUCCAAUUGAAGUGAAUCCAAUUUCAAAUCAAGUCUUGGGAUUCGUUCGAGACCUGAGAAACCAUCCAGCGAGUAUGUUCUUCGCAAACGGAUAUCCAAUCGUGAUAUCUAAUGAUGAUCCAGGAAUGUGGGGGGCCAAAGGACUCUCUUACGACUUUUACGAGGCAUUCAUAGGCAUAAUGUCACGAGAUGCCGAUCUAAAAGCCCUGAAAAAACUUGCUAUGAAUUCAAUCAACUAUUCCAGUAUGACUGAAACAGAAAAAUUAAAAGCCUUCGACAUCUGGGAAAGAAAGUGGAAUGCUUUCAUCGCUUAUUUAAAUAUACGUGACAAUUCAUUGUAAGAAAUGAAUCUGAACACAGGUAAUACAUUACCAACGGUCAUCUAAAGUACAAGAAAAACGAAAGUGCAAUAAUAACCGAGGUGUUCAAUCCGAGAUUCGCUUCUGUAAACAGAUACGCGAU